UGGGCAGCUCAUAGAACUAGAAAAAAAAUAUAUCAAUCAUAGUUAGCCUCGAUUACUUCACCAAAUAAAAAAAGCACGAAAUCGUCAAAUCGUGUCAAAUACCUCCACCAAAAAUGAAUCUUGAUAAUCUGUUUGAUCACGUACCGUAUAUGGCGUAUGCAUUCCGAACUUUGUCCACAGAAGAACGGAUCAAACUGGAACACUCGCUACGUAUACUGCAACGAGCUCAACGGCUCAAUUCUGUCUAUUUCUUCGGCAAACUCGAAGGCAUCGAUGGCCACUACACUUUGGCGUUCGGUUGCCAAGGCUGGGACCUGUUCAAGAAUCGGAAGCUGUUCUACACGCAGAACUUGUACGAUUGGUUUUUGCUGUUGGAACCUAAGCAGUGGUCAGAGGAUUGGGAGUACAUAAGGCAUCCCUUCCAAGGGGAUCCGGCGUUCAAGCUGGAGGUCGAUUUGGGUCCGGGAUAUACGCUGGAUGAGGAUCAAGUGCCGAUUGAAGGCGAUCGAAGCAAAUUUUGGGUGAAAGAACAGGAUCGCCUUUGGUAUGUGAUGACGAGAAUACUCCAUGAAGCGGCUCUUGUGCCACGUGGCGUUCUAUACCACAGUACAGAGGGAGAAUGUAUCGUGAAUCCGUUUUUCGGUGGAAUAGACCUUAAUGAAAGCACGAACAUAGUCAACUACCAUCACUUCCGGAAACCGAUCAAUGGUGCGAGGGAGAAUCUGUUGAAACGAGCGAAUUGCAGCUAUUUCCUGGACGUGUUCGACUCGGCUGAUGACGUGACCCCGGAGCAGAAGAGUUUCGUUGUAACACGUGACCGCGAGAGGGAUGUCUUUGUGCUGAAAUCGCUGCACUGGCCGGGGAUGAGCAGUUUCCAUAGGGUGAAUUCGAACGUGUAUGGGUUUUUCUACUUCGGGGACGGUAGGAAAAAUUGGGAUAUGCUAUUCAUGGUUUAAGAUGUUACCUACAGAAGGUGAUAGAUAAAUAAAUUGUUAGUUGAUUA